CAGGUCCCGGGCCCUUACAUGGAGUAUGGCAGGUCCCCCGCUCGGUCUCAGGACGAUGAACAGGUUAAUUACUUUUGCCAACGACCUAAUCACGACAACGACUUUGCCUAUCAGAAGGGGCAGAGAUGGGCUCUCGGGGAUGAUUCUGUCAUCGAUGUAAGUAGAGAGAACGGCCUGAAUGCCAACGUGGUUACUAGCCACGACAGACAGAUCCAUGCCGCCACAGGACAGGUGAGCAGACGAGUGGAAUAUGGACAGCAGAUUGCGCCAGCGAAAAAGCUGUGGGGAGUGGAAGAGGGGAAAACAGACAACAAGGGGAUUUUCAACAUAGGUGAACCCACAUGGAGAGAAGCAGCAUGGAGCACAGGACACCCAACAGACCACGGAGUGGGACAGAGCCACGGGUUGAGUAUGGGUGUGGGACAGCGAGGCCCUGGACGUCCACAGUUCCCCGGGGGAGACUCCGUGCUGUCCCCGCGCGCUUCGGACCACGCCGGUGUGGGGCUCAAGAUGGUCGAGUACGUGUUAGCGUCCUCACCCACAGGCAAGGACCUAGACGCUCGCAUGGCCAACCUGCAACUCAGAAACGGUGGUGUAGAGACGAGCAAGGACAAGAAAGAUAAGGCGCCGUCACCUUUCGACCCCACAAAGAAGGACGUGGAGAACGGCAACGCCCCACAGGCGAACGGCAUCGUGCAGAACGGCCUCGAUGACGACAAAACUUUUAAUGUGUUACAAUCUCACAGCCGGACGCCGGGCAGCAGACAAGGCUCACCAUCAGAGGAGGACAUCAACAAGAAUGGCAUGGUGACGGGCGUGGGUGUGAAGGAACCAGAACUCGUUGGGGGAGGUGUGGUGAUGGGCGGCCCCAGUGCACAGGUCCUCGGACACCUUGACCACCCAGGGUUUGAGGGCGUGGGCGGCGGGGCUGUCGGCGGCGGAGCUGUCGGAGGCAUGGGCGGACCCGCGGGCAUCCUUGACCCAAGUAUGAGCGGCGCGGGCGGGCCGUUCUCAUCCCCAGCAGGCCCAGACUAUAGCAACAUGGCCACCAGCAUGCCCAUGGAUUCACCUACGCUCCUACCGGGACCACAACCACAAAACUUUACCGACAAUCAGCAACUGUUCCGGAGCGCUCAGCAGCAGCAGGGAGGGCCCAACCACCAGCCGAUACAGUUGCUCGCUCAGCAGCAGUAUUUGGCUGCACAGGCUGCUCAACAGCAGGGCUUGGCAGCACCAGCAGCAUUUAGUGCACCGUAUGUGAUCAAUGCCCAGGAGCCAUACGUGGGGACCCUAAUAACUGGUCCGACAGCAGUGAUUCCUCAGUAUUAUGGGGUGCACUGGGGCGUGUAUCCAGCAAAUAUCAUCCAACAGCAGGGACCGGGUGGUCAGCCCAGGAGACCAAUCUCUCCAUCUCAAACCAGUGAAGUUACCAAUCAGAGCAAUGGUAACUUGGCAGCAGCUGCAGCUGCAGCAGGCAACAUACAGGGACCACUUUCACAAUAUCAGCAGGUAAUCCCAGCCUAUUAUGAUCAGAAUGGGGCGGUUUUGAUGGGCAACCUCCGAGGAGUAGGUAAUGGUGCCCCAGUUCGACUUGUCUCCCCUGCACCAGUCAUCAUCAAUGGUGCCAAUGGAGCCCAGGCUGCUGCUGCCAACAACAUGAGGCUACUAGGAAACCAGGCACCCCAGAUAGGAACUCCACCAGCCUCCAUCUACAACAACAGCCAGACUCCGAGCCUAAACAACACCCAGACCUUCACUGGGAACACACUUGCUGAUUCCCUCUCGCAAGGCCUGCAGACUUCCAAUGCACUAACAGGCAACAACUACUCGUUGGGUCUGCAAACUAGUAGUCUAGGUUUUGGCAAUAGCACCCUGGGCACCAUUGGAUCCCCUGCUAUUGGCAAUUUAGGUGGUGGUCUUGGAGGGAGCAUGGGGCGACGUGAUUCUUUAGACCGUACCACUUCAGUUCUGUCACCACUUUCUCAAGAUUUCCGAAGUGGCAAAUGGACUAGCAACUAUGGAGCACUUGGUACAGUUACUGCAUCCCCUGGGCCUAUUGGUCUAACCUCUGGUAGCCUGACACCACCCCCAAGCCUCAGUAACACCUCCUCGGCACUGCCACUGGGUGCCCUAAUGUCUGGUAAUCGCGUCAUCUCUGCUGCACCAGGAGCAGAAGCAAAGUUCCGAAAUGGUUCCACAAAUGGAAUGUUCACUUCUGGCGGAUCCUCAUCCUUAUUCCCACCCAUAAAACGAAACCUGAGCUUGGAAAAAUGUACUGGUCGUUCACGCUUACUGGAGGACUUCCGAAACAAUCGAUUCCCCAACCUGCAGCUCAGAGACUUGGCCAACCACAUAGUGGAAUUCAGCCAAGACCAGCAUGGGUCCAGGUUCAUUCAACAAAAGCUUGAACGAGCAACACCAGCUGAGAAGCAGAUGGUAUUCAACGAAAUCCUAACAGCAGCUUAUUCUCUAAUGACUGAUGUGUUUGGUAAUUACGUGAUUCAGAAGUUCUUUGAAUUUGGAACCCCCGAGCAGAAGACUGUCUUGGCAAACAAGAUUCGUGGCCACGUUUUGCCUUUAGCACUACAGAUGUAUGGAUGUCGUGUGAUUCAAAAGGCUCUUGAGUGCAUUACUCAGGACCAGCAGAAAGACAUCGUGCGUGAACUGGAUGGCCAUGUCCUUAAAUGUGUUAAGGAUCAGAAUGGCAACCAUGUUGUGCAAAAAUGCAUUGAGUGUGUGGAUCCAAUGGCCUUACAGUUUAUCAUCAAUGCUUUCCAGGGGCAAGUUUUCACCCUCUCCACACACCCCUAUGGUUGCCGUGUUAUUCAGCGUAUCUUGGAGCACUGCACUGGAGACCAAACGUCCCCAGUGCUUGAGGAGCUACACCAACAUACCGAACAGCUGCUACAGGAUCAGUAUGGCAAUUACGUCAUCCAACAUGUGCUUGAACAUGGAAAACCAGAAGAUAAGAGCAAGAUCGUUGGCGUGGUGCGUGGUGGGGUUCUAAAGCUCUCUCAGCAUAAAUUUGCCUCAAACGUAGUAGAGAAGUGUGUGACGCAUGCUACCCGUGCCGAGAGGGCCAUGCUCAUUGAAGAGGUAAAUAUGAUUGAGGUGUGUGGAUAUAACGACAAUGCACACAGCUCUCUGCUGAUGUUAAUGAAGGAUCAGUAUGCUAACUAUGUGGUGCAGAAAAUGAUAGAUGUGGCUGAACCUGCUCAGCGAAAAAUGCUCAUGCACAAGAUCCGCCCACACAUUUCAACUCUCCGCAAGUAUACUUAUGGUAAACACAUUUUGGCUAAGUUAGAAAAGUAUUUCAUGAAGAAUGCCCCUGAUUCCAUGGGGCCCAACAUGACCAGCCCUCUCUAAGCUGGAGUUGUACCACCACCUGCCACAUCCCACUUUUCCAUCGAGGGAGAAAGCCAUAAGAAAAAGAAAAAAAAGAGGAGAGAGAGAGAUUUAAAAAAAAAACAAAAAAAAAAAAAGAUAAAAUAAAAAAAUAA